UACCCCGUUAAGGGUAAAGUCCCACACUGCUAGAAACCGAGACGACUUUCGAGCUCGCUGGCGGGCACUAUAGAUCGUCACAUACUAGAGGCCCACUUUCUAUGAUCGCACUCCGACUCGAUUGAAGAUCCUUCGUCUGGGCCGCUUUCAUCGCGUGGCCAGGCGGCAUGGCGCUGCCGCGACCUUCGAAUGGAGUGCAGACAAGGGCCAAUCGAUUAUCUGGCCUCCGCAACGAGAUCAAGCAGCGCGCGCUACCCGGAGCAGCUCGUCCAGAUCCAUACGAGAUACAAGUAUUUCCUGACAAGCCACCGAGGUUGAGAAGGCCGGUUGCUGAGGUCUACGAAUUCUCGCCAAUCCGAAAGCAAAAAGCGAAUAGGCGCCUCGAUCCUGGAGAGGCCAAUGAGACCUCGGCCGAUAGACACGAUGCAACGAAUCCUCAAGAACCAACCGAGAAUAUGCUGCGAUCAUCGUUGAGGAGAGUGACUACUGUAAAUAUGCAACCUUCGGAACCGUCAUCAGGCAGUGCGAAAUGGCAUGCCUCGCCUUUCGUAAAAUCGGAUGCUGCGGAGCAAGACCCGAGAGCUCUAUAUGUCUAUCUGGACGAGGCAGACGUUGCGGAACCAGAGACGCAUGUCGCGGACUCAAGCGCGGAUCCAAAGACCCCAGCGACGCGCAAAAGAGGGCGUCCUCGUCGGAGUGAGCCCAUUGAUAGACCAAGCAAGCUUGCAAAGCACGCGCAAUUGCCACAUGAUCCUCCACAGUCAUCGAGACGUAAGUCUAGCAGACUCGGUGCAGGUGUAGCUGGCCCAGCAGCAGCCACCGGAGGCGGACCUCUUGUGAAGCCAAUAUCGCUUCGUAUGAGCGAAAUUGUGUUCCCAGCGAAUGGACAAGGCCAUCAGCCAGAGCACGAGGAAUCGACGAUAGUGGAAAGCGAGGUGGCCGCGAAGCCGCAAAAGCAGGCCAAGCGGGUGUUGAAGGCAAAAAAGCCCAAGCCUGCUCCAGUGCAACAACGCGAGAAGUCUCCAGUGCAGACCAAUGUCGAUGAAUCUGAUGACGAGGCUGAACCGCCUGACAAUGAUGCAGGAGAGGAAUCAAUCAUCGAAAAAGAGGCAGACGUUCGGCUGCUGGGCCAUCAUGAGUCGCUCAAAGCUGUCUUUAAGCGUGCAAAGCUAGUCGAGAAAUGCGGAGAACUCGAAUCGAUGGACAAAGAGAUCAGAAAGAUGCAGCGGUUCUGCUUGGAAUUCGUCAAAGCUCUGAACGAACACCGAGAUAGACCUGAGGAUGUCGAGCUACUAUCCGAUCCGCCGGAGCAAUUUCAGACCAUCGCGUCUGAUAUUCGCAGGCUCUGCAACAAGGAUCCUGCACGUCCGGUGAACCUGAAAAAUACCCUAAAGAGCCACAACAUCUAUCUCCGCUUGAUGCCUGCGCUGAUCCGCGUGCUGUUCGCCUUGGUCGAAUGCUACCAAGCCGUGGACGCUGAAAUAGCACCACCAGAACGCUCCGUCACAAUCAAACACCUCGAAACCAUCACCAAAUUCAUCACCAUGUUCCUCGAACUCAACACCGGCGCAAAACAAUUCAUUCGACCCGCCACCCAACUAACAGCCGUGCAACCCUUCGACCGCAGCAUUGUCCCACCCCUAAAAUCCAUGCAAGAGACUUUCCGCCGCCACAUCAAAGACCACGAAGAACACCAAAUCUCCCUCGCCCUCAACCGCCGCGAACAGCUCCGUCUCGAAGCCGAAGAACGCGCCGAAGCAGAAGAGCGCGCUGAAAAGCUCAAGUGGGAAAAACUCGAAACCAAAUGGACCCGUCUCCACGAAGAACGCUACCGCUCCGACGAACCCAUCAAAACCGUUGCCAAACGCGCCCACCUUCGUCAACCCUCUCCCUCUUCCUCUUCCUCUAUCAUCGAAGAAGACCACAACGGCCACCCCUUCGAACGCCUUGAAGUCUUCCGUCCUCGCGUCGGACCCCCUCCCGCCCUCAUCGAAAAAGCUAAACAGCAAAGCUGGCCGGAGAAAAGUUAUGAAGCAUUAAUGAAAGGAUUACAAAUGUGGAGCGGGGAUGUGCUUAUCUUUGAGAGGAUUUUUCGAAUGUUUUGUGGGAGAAACGGGGCGUUGAAUGGGUUUAAUGUUACGGAGAUUAUUGUUAUGGCUGCUUUGAUUAGGGAGCAUUUGGAGAGGACUGUGGAUGUUGAUGGUGAGAGUGGGGAGUGGGGGUGGGUUAGGGGGAUACCGGAUUGGACGAGGGUGCAUACUGUGUUGGAGAUGUUGGAGGGGAGUAGUGGAGGGGGAUGA